CACACACAAUGAAAGGUUGGCCGUCAAAGUGCACAAAAUGUGAAGCUCAGCAGGCCUGUGCUGUGCUGCAGUAGCCGCAAAGGGAGGAAGUUUAUCGGAGGUCAAGAGAAGAAAGCUCCCAAGAGAACGCAUCGCCCCGUUGACGUUACAAUCUCAUCAGGAAAGGAAAAAGGAGUUGCCUCGGGUGAUAAUAUUUUUUUCACUCCCUACACAGUUUUUACACUGAGUGCCCCCUCCCAGCCCUCUUACACUACUUACAUGGACUUAAAAUUGUGAUUUUGCACUCUCACUGAGGUUGCACAUCUCUACCCAUCUCUGCGAUACUGAAAAUAAGAGAAGAUGAGAGCUAUGAAGAAAACAUUCCUGGUGGUCUACGUGGUGUUAUACACGGUGAGUGCAGUGAAACAACUGGACAUGGCCCCCAACGCUGUGGACCUAUUGUACGAGGGCUGUCGCGACGACACCAUGGAGAAAUUGAUCCGCUCUGAUGUGCUACACCAAGAGCUGAGUCAGAAUAUUGACUUCUACGCAGCCUGGAGCGACAAGUGUCCCACGCUGCUCCCAGGAGGCACGAAGGAACACACCUCCGCUCUCUUAGCCUUCAUAAACGGCAAGAAUGCGUUCAAGAAAGCCUUCAACGACGCGGUGGAGACCAUGGGGGUCAACGCCAGCACUUAUGAGGAGCGCUUUCAUUAUAAGUCCCUACACUUCCUGCUCACGGAUGCUAUGAGCCUGGUGAGGCAGAAGACGUGUAAGAAUGUAUACAGAGUGUCCGAAAUGGAAUACAAAGUGGAAAAGGGUGUCCGAGUGAGAUUCGGACGAUUCACUACGGUCCAGUCAGACGUGUCGAUGAAGGAGGACGUGGAGGGCGGAAUCUAUUUCAACAUCACCACGUGCUUCUAUAUCAGCCUGGAGGGCUUCUGCGGCAUCACCGAGGACGUCGCCAUUUUGUCCCCCACCGAGGAGUUCAUGGUGGAGGACAUCAAGUUGUCAGACGAUGGCGACUACACCGAGGUCAUCCUGAAACACUCCAAACUGAAGGCUACUGAUGACUGUUACAAAUCACGGGCCCCGGAAGAGAGCGCCUCCCAGUGGCCGAUGAUGGCACUUGUGUCCUUCGUCCUAUUUGAGACACUCAACCAUUAGCGUCGAAAGCAGCGGCUGCGCAUUUAUUGAGGUUUGGCAAAUCCUGCCGCAAUCGUUGAUAUAGUUGAAUCGCUGUUUACAUUUGAGAAUGAAUAGCACUAGUAUGUUUGUGAUUCCCUUAUUUUCUUAAUCUAAAAUGUAUGCUUGCUCUUAAGACGUAUAUAUGUAAAUGCAACUGACAAGAGUGCUAAUAUUGUUUUUGAUCGCUAAUAUUGUUUUUAAAGGAUUUCAGCAACAUCAACUGACUUUUGCAAUUGUAAUAUUGUUCAAGUUUGAUUGCUACCAUCAGAAAUAUUAUUUGCUAAAAUGCCUCUUGGUUUUUAUGAAGGGAUGAAUGAUUUUUCUCCUCUUCCCAUGUAUUUUAUUUUAACGAGCACAAAUAAAUGAUUCAAUCGGUCGUACAAUAAAAAAUAUCAGACUUA